CGGAGACAGGGGAGGAGCGGGCGGAGGAGGGGCGCGCGGAGCCGCCGAGGUUCGCUCCCCGCGCGUCCGAAAGGCAGGGCAACUCAGCCCUGCAACCCGGCUCUCCUCCCCUGUCCCGCCGGCCGUCCGACCCCGCUCGGGCGCCCGUCGGCCCCACCCCGUCCCCAUGGCUUCUCCGGACGACCCUGUGCGCGCGGACUCUUAAGUUCUUGGACAGAGGGCACGUCUGUUUUGCUCGACCGUUUUUCUCCAACGCCUGGCCCAGUACCCAGCACAUAAUCAUUUGACAAAGGAGCCAGUGGAAGACACAGACCCUAGCACUAUAUCCCUUAAUAUGUCAGACAAAUAUCCCAUUCAAGACACAGGACUCCCUAAAGCAGAGGAGUGUGAUCCAAUUAGUUUGAACUGCCCAACAAAUUCUGAUGUGCAACACCAGGGAGAAGAAAAUGGCUUUCCAGACAGUACUGGAGAUCCCCUUUCAGAUACAAGCAAGGACGCGUCCUGCACAGAAAACUGCACCUGUUCCUCCUGCUCGCUCCUGGCCCCCACCAUCAGCGACUUGCUCAAUGACCAGGACUUACUAGACGUGAUCAGGAUAAAGCUGGAUCCCUGUCACCCAACAGUCAAAAACUGGAGGAAUUUCGCAAGCAAGUGGGGCAUGCCCUACGAUGAACUGUGUUUCCUGGAGCAGCGGCCCCAGAGCCCCACCCUGGAGUUCUUACUCCGGAACAGUCAGAGGACGGUGGGCCAGCUGAUGGAGCUCUGCCGGCUCUACCACAGGGCCGAUGUAGAGAAGGUCCUGCGCAGGUGGGUGGACGAAGAAUGGCCCAGGAGGGGGCGUGAAGAGCACCCCAGGAACUUCUAGACCUCGGCUCCUUCUCAUCGGCCUCUUCGGACAUUGAGACGAGCCCAGGUUAAGGAGCAAUGUGAAUCUGUUUUUUUUUAAGUUUAGGUGAAGGACGUGGGACAGCGGACCUUGGUUUUCCCCAAAGCUGGUGGUUUUGUGGAGGGUAGGGUAUGUUUUUGGUGGCGGAUUUUCCUUUAGUUUUGCACAUCUGUUUUUAUUUAAUAUUUGAAUCUGGAAUUGGGGAAAAUAUGUUGUAGGCUCCUAUAGGGACCAGGGCCAAAGCUACAAUCAGAGUGGAUUCAUGCCAUGUUGAAAAUAAAAGUAUCCUCUCCCUUAAAAACUGA